AUGAACGAAGCGUGUGGAUGCUAUGGGGGCGUCCCCAACGGACGACCUUGUCUCAUCUCUUAUGGAUUUUUUUUCUUUUCUUUUCAACACGUUUCUUUUCUGGGUUUAAAAGCAGACCAAUCGGUGGAAUACGGAGUUCGACAGUGUCAAGAAAUCGCCAGUAUUCUUCAUAGAAUGGUUGCAAGUGGUCAUAUAUUUGUGUCACCGGAACAUGUAAAAGACCGUUUGGAGCCAGGAAUUUGUAGUAAAAAUGACAGAGUUGAUGAUAAUUCUGUAGUCAGAGCUAGAGGUCUUCCAUGGCAAUCAUCGGAUCAAGACAUUGCCAGGUUUUUUAAAGGUCUUAAUAUUAUGAGGGGUGGCGUUGCUCUCUGCCUCAGUCAACAAGGGCGCCGUAACGGUGAGGCACUAAUUUGGUUUGAAAGCGAGGAACAUCGGGAUCUUGCUCUGAAAAGACAUAAACAUCACAUUGGACAGCGAUACAUCGAAGUGUACAAAGCAACCGGAAAGGACUUUGUCAAUGUCGCUGGGGGAAGCAAUCUUGAAGCUCAAGCUUUCCUCUCCAGAGGUGGCCAAGUGAUUAUCCGAAUGCGGGGUCUGCCAUUUACUGCUACUCUCCAGCAAGUGUUGGAGUUUUUCAGUCGGGAACCGAAUGGCUGUCAAGUUCUUGAUGGGGAAGACGGAAUACUUUUUGUCUACUAUCCGGACGGCCGUUCCACUGGUGAUGCAUUUGUGCUGUUUGCAUCUGAAGACGAGGCUAAUAAGGCUCUGAAGAAACACCGAGAAAUCAUGGGAACUCGUUACAUAGAACUAUUCAAGAGCACAAUGGCAGAAGUACAACAGGUCUUGAAUCGCAGCAUGGACCCUCGAAAUCCUGAGCAGCAGGAGACUGCCCUUCCACCAUUGAUUGCCCAAUUACCACCUCACCAUACUUCCGUUCCUAUCCUGCCCCAGAAUAUCAUUACCAGCGGUUGUAAACGCGACUGUAUUCGUUUACGCAAUCUACCUAUCGGUGCCCAAGUAACAGACAUACUCGCUUUUCUUGCUGAAUACUCUCAAUAUAUUGUCUACCAAGGCGUCCACAUGGUGUACGGCUCAAACUUAAUGUCCAAGCUACAGUAUUGUCUGGGCGAGCUUUCAGGCGAAGCUUUUAUACAAAUGAACUCCGAAGAGUCCGCACAUUUGACAGCGCUUAACAAACACAAAAAGCAUAUGAUCUUUGCUAACAAGAAACGAAUUAUCGAUGUUAUUCAAUGUUCUGGAGAGGACAUGAGCCUCGUUCUCGCUAGCGGUGUACCAGCAAUUAUUCCACCUCACACACCUAUUCUUCCACGGCAGAUGAUAGCUCCACGUAAGUCUGACACGUACUUGUUUUUCUGGUUUUUUUUUUUUUUUUUGGGGGGUCUCCUUAUUUUUCCUGUUGUGGGGGUAAGGGUUCUUUUUUUCUCGUGUUUUUUUUUUCUUCUUCCCUCUUCUUCCCCCACUUUUUCUUCUUCCCCUUUUUUUUCUUCUUCCCCCUUUUUUCUUCUCCCCCUUUUUUUCUUCUUCCCCCUUUUUUUUUUCUUCUUCUUCCCCUUUAUUUUUCUUCUUCUUCUUCCCUCUUUUUAUUUUUCUUCUUCUUCUUCCCUCUUUUUCUUCUUCUUCUUCUUCCUCUUUUCUUCUUCUUCUUCUUCCCUUUUCUUCUUCUUUCCCUCUUUAUUUUUCUUCUUCUUCUUCCCUCUUUAUUUUUUCUUCUUCUUCUUCUUUAUUUUUUUUCUUCUUCUUCCCUCUUUAUUUUCUUCUUCUUCUUCCCUCUUUAUUUUUUCUUCUUCUUCCCUCUUUUUUUCUUCUUCUUUUUCUUUUUUUUCUUCUUCUUCUUCCUCUUUUUUUUUUCUUCUUCUUCCCUCUUUAUUUUUCUUCUUCUUCUUCCCUCUUUAUUUUUUCUUCUUCUUCCCUCUUUAUUUUUUCUUCUUCUUCUUCCUCCUUUUUUUUCUUCUUCUUCUUCUUCUUUAUUUUUUUUCUUCUUCUUCCCUCUUUAUUUUUCUUUCUUCUUAUUUUUCUCUUUUCUUUAUUUUCUUCUUCUUCUUCCCUCUUUAUUUUUUUUCUUCUUCUUCCCUCUUUAUUUUUUCUUCUUCUUCUUCCUCUUUAUUUUUCUUCUUAUUUUUAUUUUUCUUCUUCUUCCCUCUUUAUUUUUUCUUCUUCUUCUUCCCUCUUUAUUUUUCUUCUUCUUCUUCCUCUUUAUUUUUUUUUUCUUCUUCCUCUUUAUUUUUUCUUCUUCUUCCCUUUAUUUUUCUUCUUCUUCUUCCCUCUUUAUUUUUUUUCUUCUUCUUCCUCUUUAUUUUUUUCUUUCUUCUUCUUCUUUAUUUUCUUUUCUUCUUUCUUCCUCUUUCUUUUUUCUCUUUAUUUCUUCUUCUUCCUCUUUAUUUUUUUUCUUCUUCUUCCCUCUUUUUUUUCUUCUUCUUCUUCCUCUUUAUUUUUCUUCUUCUUCUUCCUCUUUUUUUUUCUUCUUCUUCUUCCCUCUUUAUUUUUUCUUCUUUCUUUAUUUUUCUUUUUCUUCUUUUCUUCCUCUCUUUAUUUUCUUCUUCUUCUUCCCUCUUUAUUUUUCUUCUUCUUCUUUCUUUAUUUUUCUUCUUCUUCCUCUUUAUUUUUUCUUCUUCUUCUUCCCUCUUUAUUUUUCUUCUUCUUCUUCCUCUUUUUUUUUCUUCUUCUUCUUCCCUUUAUUUUUCUUCUUCUUCUUCCUCUUUUUUUUCUUCUUCUUCUUCCUCUUUAUUUUCUUUCUUCUCUUUAUUUUUCUUCUUCUUCUUCCUUUAUUUUUCUUUCUUCUUCUUCCUCUUUAUUUUUCUUCUUCUUCUUCCUUUUUUUUUUCUUCUUCUUCUUCCCUCUUUAUUUUUUCUUUUCUUCUUCCUCUUUAUUUUUCUUCUUCUUCUUCCCUUUUUAUUUUUCUUCUUCUUCUUCCCUUUUUUUUUUCUUCUUCUUCUUUCUUUUUUUUUCUUCUUCUUCUUCCCUCUUUAUUUUUCUUCUUCUUCUUCCCUCUUUAUUUUUCUUCUUCUUCUUCCCUCUUUAUUUUUCUUCUUCUUCUUCCCUCUUUAUUUUUCUUCUUCUUCUUCCCUCUUUAUUUUUCUUCUUCUUCUUCCCUCUUUAUUUUUCUCUUCUUCUUCUUCUCUUUAUUUUUCUCCUUCUUCUUCUUCCCUCUUUCUUCUCCUUCUUCUUCCCUUUAUUUUUUCCUUCUUCUUCUUCCCUCUUUAUUUUUUUCUUCUUCUUCUUUUCUUUAUUUUUCUUCCUCUUUAUUUUUUUCUUUUUUCUUCCUCUUUUUUUCUUCUUCCUUUCUUUAUUUUUCUUCUUCUUCCUCUUUAUUUUUUCUUCUUCUUCCUCUUUAUUUUUCUUCUUCUUCCUCUUUAUUUUCUUCUUCUUUCUUUUUUCUUCUUCUUCUUCCUUUUUUUUUUUCUUCUUUUUUUUUUUCUUCUUCUUCUUCUUUCUUUUUUUUCUUCUUCUUCUUUCUUUUUUUUUUUCUUCUUCUUUUUUUUCUUCUUCUUCUUCUUUUUUUUUUUUUUCUUCUUUCUUCUUUUUUUUUUCUUCUUCUUCUUCUUCCUCUUUUUUUCUUCUUCUUUUCUUCUCUUUUUUUUUUUCUUCUUCUUCUUCUUUUUUUUUUUUCCUUUUUCUUCUUCUUCCUUUUUUUUUUUUCUUCUUCUUCUUUUUUUUUUUUUCUUCUUCUUCUUCCUUUUUUUUUUCUUCUUCUUCUUCUUUUUUUUUUUCUUCUUCUUCUUCUUCCCUCUUUUUUAUUUUUCUUCUUCUUCUUCCCUCUUUAUUUUUUAUGGUGCCACGAUAAUUCCUACAACGACGGCUCUUGCAGGGAGCCUUCCAUACAACCAGAUCCCGCAGCCGGUCCAUACCUAUCCAUCGCCCUUGACACACAUCUCCGCCAGACCGCCUCCCUACUACCAACCGAUCCUCUAUUGGUACCCCAGUCCACCGGUUUCACCGCAGACAUAUUACGCUCAAAGCGGCCCUUCAGUAGUUGUUAUGAGGGGGCUGCCUUACAAUUCAUCCGUCCAAGAUAUUGUUAAUUUUUUCCAGGGAUUUCCUGAGGUAUCUCCAGAAUGUGUCCAAAUUCAACAGAAUAAUGAUGGCCGGCCGAAUGGUGAUGCUCUGGUGACAUUUGCUAGCCGAUGCGAAGCGGAACGCGCUAUCACAGAACGAAACAGACACAACAUCGGCAGCCGUUAUAUAGAAUUAUUUAUGGCUUGA